UGAGCUGGUCAGAAAAUUAUGGCUUCCACUAAGGAGCCACUGGGCCUGAGGCAAUGCAGGACUGCUAUAAAAGACAGCCCAAGUCUCUGCUCUCUCAUCCACUUCUCUCACCUCCUCCUCCUCAGGAAUCAGGUGCGCCUGUGAGCCCGAGCCAUGUCCUGCUGCAAGCCCUGUGACCCUUGCUGCCAGCCCUGCGGCCCCUGCCCGCUGGCCAGCAGCUGCAAUGAGUGCUGUGUCAGGCAGUGCCAGAGCUCCCACGUUGUCAUUGAGCCGCCUGCUGUGCUGGUAACCCUGCCUGGCCCCAUCCUCAGCUCCUCCCCACAGAACACCGCCGUGGGAUCCUCCACCUCUGCUGCUGUUGGCAACAUCCUCAGCUGUGGCGGAGUGCCCAUCAGCUCUGGGGGCUUUGACAUCUCCUGCAUCACCAACUGCUAUGGUGGCAGCAGGUGCCGUCCCUGCUAAAGCUCCUGGCAAUGUCUUCUGGCAAGAAUGCCCAGGACUUCAUAUAAUGGUUUUGGGCAGGACAUAGAGCUUCAGAAAGUUGUGCUUAGAGCUUUGGACCAUCACUUCCUUGUUCUAUUCUCCUCUCCUUUUCUGUCCCUCAUCCCCCAUGGCAGUCAAUGUGGACCUGCCUUUUUUCCUACCUCUUCGAGCAGUGCAAGGAACAUCACAUGGGAUCUCCAUCUUAGUGGCUGCUCCUGGUGCUCUCUGCGAGCCAUCUGCUUUUCUUCUUUCAGCUUAUUAAAAUUGUGUUGCAUUCAA